UUUUUACUGUCUAGUCUCAAGAUGGCAGAAUUAUUUAUGGAAUGUGAAGAAGAGGAGCUAGAACCAUGGCAAAAGAGAGUGAAAGAAGUGGAGGAGGAUGAUGAUGAUGAUGAUGAGCCAAUCUUUGUUGGGGAAAUCUCAGGCUCGAAGCCAGCUAGUACAUCUAUGGAAGAAUGACCUCAGUUCUUCUCUGGCUUAUAUAUUGAACAGAGUCAACCUCAGCUCAUCACGAAGGGGGAUACAGAAUGGUGCACCCAGUAGAGGUACAGUUACUACAUUCAAGCCUGACAGCCACCAUUACGUGACACCUGCCUCCAGCCCCGGUGCCAUGCCUGUUUCAUCAGUCUUUCAGUCUGUAUCCAGACCUACAACUAGCUUGGUAGCAGUUCAGCCAUUAUCUAUACCAGUGAAUGUUUCAGGAACUUCACCAACGCUGCAGAGACCACUUGCUGGAACUUUGUCAACACAGCAGAUGCCUGGGGCAAGUUCUGGAGUAUCCCAGCCGGUUAGCAGACCUGUAACCAUUCCGGUGACGACACAGCCAGCAUCACGAAAUGCCACCGUCCCUGUAGUGGCUCAGCCUGUAUCCAGGCCGGUGACUACUGUAACAGCACAGCCUGUAAUACUCAAUCAGGAUUAUAUUAUGGAUUCUCCACCAGCUGCACCAGAUAAUACAUCUGGUAUACUGUUUGGUGUGAGACAGAACUCUGGAGUUCCACAGUACCAGACUGGGCCAGCAGUGAAUGUAACAGGUCUGAAUGAGAGUGUUUUUGUAUCUAAGCGUCCUGCUACUUCUGAAGGAAACACUGUAACUCCAAAAAAGGCCAAGUCUAAUGAGGUUGGUGCUGGAAGCAAUUCAGAUGUUUCACCUACAGUUAACUCUCCAACAGUAACACCAUCACAAAAUGUAUCUUCAAAAGGUACAAAUGUUGCAUCAAGCACCAUUAAAAAUGGAGGACCGUUUCCACGAGCUUGUCCAAAGUGCAAUAUUCAUUUCAAUCUUAUGGAUCCUCUAAAAAAUCAUAUGAAGUAUUGUUGUCCAGAUAUGGUAAAUAACUUUUUCCUGGGAAUGGUCAAAACAGAAUGUUCAAGCACAACAAGCAAGACUGCUGAAUCUGAGAAAGGAAAAUUGAUUAUGUUAGUUAAUGACUUUUAUUAUGGGAAACAUGAAGGUGACACCCAGCAAGUACAACAGGAGCAGAAGACUCAUACGACAUUUAAGUGCUUCAGUUGUUUGAAAGUUCUUAAAAAUAACAUAAGGUUUAUGAACCACAUGAAACAUCACUUGGAGCUUGAGAAGCAGAGCAGUGAAAGCUGGGAAAGCCACACCACCUGCCAGCACUGUUACCGGCAGUUUCCCACCCCCUUCCAGCUGCAGUGCCACAUUGAAAGUACACACACGCCUUACGAGUCAUCUACAAUUUGUAAAAUCUGCGAAUUAUCCUUUGAAACAGAGCAAGUUCUUUUGCAACACAUGAAGGACAAUCAUAAGCCAGGUGAAAUGCCGUAUGUUUGCCAGGUAUGCAACUACAGAUCCUCAGCUUUUUCAGAUGUAGAAACACAUUUUAGAACAGUUCAUGAAAAUACGAAACACUUGCUAUGCCCAUUUUGCCUCAAAGUAAUUAAAAUUGGAGCACCAUAUAUGCAUCAUUACAUGAGACAUCAGAAAAAAGGAAUAUAUCGUUGCACUAAGUGCAGACUGCAAUUUUUGACAUGCAAAGAAAAAAUGGAUCACAAGACUCAGCAUCACCGAACAUUUAGGAAACCCAAACAGUUAGAAGGAUUGCCUCCUGGAACAAAGGUGACUAUUCGAGCAUCUAUUGGAUCUCUUCAAUCAGGAUCAUCAGCUACAUCUUCUGUUAGUACGAGCACUUCCACGUUUCAGUUAUCACCUAAAGCUAAAAAUACAACCACUAAAAAUCAUAACAAAUCUAAUACAAAUAAGUCAAAAGCUAAAUCAAAAUCAACUACAUCAAGAAAGCAAAAUGCAUGGACCAACAGCAAAAAAAAAAAAGAAGUUACAAAUACAGCAUUGCAUAAUUUAAGGUAUCGUUUGGGAGCUCACAAAUGUAUUGAGUGUUACUCAGAAAUAAAAGAUUUUGCAAGCCAUUUUCCUGCUUACGUCCACUGUAGCUUAUGCAGAUACAACACUAGCUGUAGCAAAGCCUAUGUGAAUCACAUGAUGAGUUUUCACAGUGCUCGUCCAAGUAAAAGAUUUUGGAUCUAUAAGAAGCAUUCAGAAGAGCUACGAGGUGUGACUGUAGUGUGUCUUAACUGUGAUUUCCUGACUGAUGUUUCUGGCUUAGACAGCAUGGCCACACAUCUGAGUGAAAGCCACUCUCAUACUUGUCAAGUUGUUAUAGAGAAAGUUUCUGUAGAUAUCCCAACUGCUGAACAAGUAUCUGAGUUAAAGACCGAAAUCUCCAUUAGAGAGAGAGAAGCUAAGUUGGAGAAAAUUUCAAGACCUAGUUUAUCUGAAGGAAAAACAGAAACACCAACUUUUGAAAGCAAACAGCAUGACUCUUCAGAUGAAACAAAAGAAAGCAAUAGAAAUCAAACUAAAAAAGUUGCGUCAGUUGAAAAGAAUGAAGAAAACUCACCACUGUCAAACACAGAAAAUGUUCCUAGUUUGGAACUCCCUGACAAUAACUCACAGAAUUCUUUGCAUGAGAAAGGAGCAUGUUGUGAUUCAGAUAAUAACAAACAAUUAGUAGAUGAGAAACAAAAGUGUAUUCAUGAUGAAUGUGAGUUGAAAACUUGCCAAAGUUCAGGUAAUGUUAUCUUGAACGAGCAGACUAAAGUACGUGGCUUGGAUGAAACUACACUUUCAGCAAUGAACGCAAGAGACUUAAAACUAACAUUGGGUGAAGAUGUUAGUUUUGAGCAGUUCUUGAGGAAAAGGGAUGAACCUGAAUCCAUUAGCUCAGACAUUAGUGAACAAGGCAGUAUUCAUUUGGAGCCUUUGACUCCAUCAGAGGUACUAGAGCAUGAAGCUACUGAAAUUCUUCAAAAAGGUAAUGUUGCACCUUCAUCAAAGAAAGCUGGACAACUCUCUGAACAAACAGACGAGACUUCUAAAGAAAGCAGUCCCGACAGAAUGGAAACAACUGUAAACAAUACAGACGAAAACGAAGCAAGCUGAAAUUACGUUAAUUUGGUUGUUUGUUAUAAAGAAUGGUAACAACACCUUGGACCAUUCCUGAUGAGUGUCCUCAUUGAUGCUACUUAUUAAAAAAAUUUUUUAAAGGGUUGGGACGAGGGAGGAGAGAAAGAGACACUAAAGGGAAAUUUUGCAUAUGAAGAUAGCAUGUAUGUGUAUGUACAACUGAAUUAACUAAAUUUACAAAGGGUAACAUUUAAAUAUAAUCUUCCUGCCUCUUGGAUGUGAUAUAUCUUAUUAGACUGACAUUAGAAAGGAGGAAUAAAUUCUAAUUUUUAUAGUUAACUAGUCCGAGAUCAGGUGAUUUGUUUGCCAAGAAAAUAUUUUUUUAAAUCCUUCAGUGUGAAUAUUAUUAAACAGUGGAAUUUAGUAUGAAUUCACUUCUGAUGCUGAAAUGGGGCACACUUGUAAUGAUGGUUAUUGGUCUGCUGAUAAUUGGGGUGAAGAUAAACUUUUGGAUUUGGUGUCACAUUCCUGUCUGUAAAAGCAUGUAAACAGAAUUAUAUGAAUCUAUGCACCUCUGUACAGGUGUAAUCCUGCCAGACUGUAAGCUUACCUUAAUAAACUUUCAGUGAAAGUGGAAUUAUUACAAGAAAAAUAUAUAUUUGUGGGGUUUUCAGUGUGCAGGCUGUGCAGAAAUACCGAAUACAAUUGUAUAAAGUAGAACAUACUGCUGAAAGUACUGUAGCUGUUAGGCUUUUACCAGUGUUUUAGUUCCUAGCUGUAGACCCAUAGGUAUGGUCUGUAAGUCACACCAAAGUACGGUUUAAUGUCAAAACUGUGUUAAGCAAAAAGAAGGAAAACCCCCCAAACUGGAAACACCAACUGGCAUGCAUUCUGCCAUUUUGCAGCUGCUACUGGCUAACUGUUAUAAAAAGGACACAAGGGCAUAUAAAGUAGAAUUGUACAGUUCAAUUUCAGGACUUUUUGUAGUCGAAAUUGUGUACAGAAAGAUGGCUGCUGAUUUUGGUUUGGUUUUUUGUUUGGGUUUUUUUUUUUUGGUCUAGUUAGCUAGAUAUAGGAAUGCAUAUGAUUAACAAUAGCUUGCUCUUAUGACUUCAUUGCUCCAUUUGAAACACUCAGAAUGUGCUUUUGACUUACAGUUUUGUUUCUAAUGAAUGUUAAGUGUUUUGAACAGCUGUUAAAGCGCUGCUGUAAAUUAUUCCUUUUUGAGUAAAUAUUUGCAACAAAA